GUGGCGCGACCCUGGCGCGCAUGCGGUCCGCGGACAAAAGACUCCGGAGGAUCGGCGGCGGGUAGGAGCGGGGAUCCGGGCGCGGGAUCAGUCAGCACCGAGGCCCGGCCUGAGGAGCGGCCCCCGGCUGCGGGGAGAAUCGGUGCGGUCCCCGGGGACCCGGUGGCCCGUCACGUGCUGGUCCUUCUCCUCUCCCUCCGCACCCGGGCCCCGGGGAGUUUCCCGCCCGUCAGUGACGGCGCAUGCGCAUCGACUGCACGGUGACGGAUAGACCGGUUUCUGUCUCGCGGGCGGUUGGGGGAAAAGCGGAGAAUUUGCAGCUGCCAAUCGCAAGCUCAACGACACAUUUGAUCUGCAGUGGCGUUGUUCAGUUCUCCGGUCCUGAAUGUCAUCGAUCCUUGUAUUAUGGAAAAGGGGAUGCAUGUUUCCUUUAUUUCCGUAAAGGGAUGACGUACCGUACAGUAACCUCAUGGGCAGUGAUUCUCCCACCCUUGAGUGAGUGUGUUGAGACAACCGACUGUGGAGGGAGCUUCGACCCUUGACACAGCUGAAGGUAACAAACUGGUCACGAUGCAGAGAAACUAAGCACGCGUACAAUGUUGGAGUGAGAUUGGAUGCCACCUUGUCGGCUGCUUCAAGUCAUUGAUCAAAAAGUGAACAUAUAUUUCAUUUGCAGUACAAAUAUGGAUCACGCUCUCGAUCCAGUUCCCUGAGAACACAACAGCUGCGUCCCCGCUGGAGGUUGGUUGUUCAACUCUCCAAGUGCAGGAAGGAGUCACCGUGACAUUCUGACCGACGAAGUGCCAGGGGGGGGUCACGGCAUGGAAACAUUAUUCACCUGCUCUGAGUGUGGGAAGGGAUUCGCUCAAACUUCCCGGCUGCUAGUACACCAGCGGAUUCACACCGGGGAGAGACCGUUCGCCUGUUCUGUGUGCCGGAAAAGAUUCAUUCAGUUAUCUCAGCUGCAGACACACCAGCGAGUUCACACUGGCGAGAGGCCGUUCGUCUGUUCUGAGUGCGGGAAGGGAUUCACUCAGUUAUCUCAGCUACAAUCACACUGGCGGAUUCAUACUGGGGAGAGGCCGUUCAUCUGUUUUGAGUGUGGGAAGGGAUUCAUUCAGUUAUCUCAGCUACAGUCACAUUGGCGGAUUCACACUGGGGAGAGGCCGUUCAUUUGUUUUGAGUGUGGGAAGGGAUUCAUUCAAUUAUCGCAUCUCGGGUCACACCAGCGGAUUCACACUGGGGAGAGGCCGUUCGCCUGUUCUGUGUGUGGGAAGAGAUUCAUUCAAUUAUCUCAGCUUCAAUCGCACCAACGGAUUCACACCGGGGAGAGGCCGUUCACUUGCUCUGUGUGUGGGAAGGGAUUCAUCCAAUUAUCGCACCUCAGGUCACACCAGCGGGUUCACACCGGGGAGAAGCCGUUCACCUGUUCUGUGUGUGGGAAAAGAUUCACCCAGUCUUCCAACCUGAUGGCUCAUCAGCGAGUUCACACUGGAGUGGAAGUUUCAACAAGAUGUUUCUUCACUCUUUGACCAGUUGCUAAGUCCAGUGGUGGCUCCUGGUGUUGGACUCUGCAGUUACUGCUGCUGCUGCUCAUCACACCCUGGACAAGACCCUGGUCAUUUGGCACAGUUGGGGUUUGUUCUGCCGUUAUAACUGGCCUGGAAUUUAAUAUCUAAAAUAAAGGAGAUCUGCUAUAAA